CAUCACAGCCUGCUCUUUCUUUAUUCAUUACUUCCACAAUACCCAGAAAAAGAAAGUCGUAAGAUAGUCGCUUCACGGCGUGAUCUGAUCAGUUAGACCAAUUAAGAUCUAAAAAUUUCUUCCAACUCCACCUUGAUCUCUCCGCAGCUAUCUUUCUUCCUCGUUGGCUCCGUUAAACCCUAGUACGGUACUAUCGUGUAGAAAUUGGAAUCUCUCAUCCUGCACGCUAAACACCUGCCCACUCUUCUUAUCCUUUUGUUUUCUUCAGACAUUAAAGCUUGGAGCUUGACGAACUACUGAUUCUUUUAAGGUGAGAAAUUGACUGAUUUUGUUUGGAGAAGUUGAUCACGCCCUGAAGGUGUUUGAUAAAAUGGCUCAGUCAGUUGGUCCAAGACUCUACAGUUGCUGUAACUGCAGGAACCAUGUGGGACUUCACGAUGAUAUCAUCUCUAAGGCUUUUCAGGGAAGAACCGGGAGAGCCUUCCUCUUCUCCCACGCAAUGAACAUUGUGGUAGGGCCUAAAGAAGACCGGCACCUGCUAACGGGUCUCCACACCGUGGCUGACAUAUCUUGUGCUGACUGCAAUGAACCCUUGGGCUGGAAGUACGAGCGAGCCUACGAGAGCUCACAAAAGUACAAGGAGGGCAAGUUCAUAUUCGAAAAGGCUAAGAUUGUCAAGGAAGAGGAUUGGUAGUGAAAGCCAACAUGUUGAAUUCAUUAUUGGAUUGACUCAAAAACUGUACAUAGAUAUUAAAAAAAACUUGGCUUUGUCGAUUCCAAUCUUUAUGGAUUUCACAAGUCGUCGUCAUCAUCAUCAUCAUCAUCCAUUUUCCGGUUCAUUGUCUCUCUCUCUGCAUGUUGUUAAAUAUUUAAAUAAUGUCAGUGUCCUGUGUCUAAGUGAAUGUUUUGUAUAUUUUACCUUAAUAGCUAUGUAUAUAUGUUCUUCGUUCAA